CGGGCGGGAUGGCCGCGGUGCCGCUGCGGCCCUGCAGGACCGCCGGGCGCCUCCUGCCGCUGCUGUGCGGGGGGCCGCGGAGCAAGGCUGCCUCCCUCCGCCCCGGCGGGGCCGGCCGCCUCACCCAGCGGCGGUACAAGAAGGACGUGCUGCCCUCCCCCGAGGGGCCCGUGCCCACCGUCUCCAUCACCGAGAUCCGGCAGUACCUGCGCGCCCAGGGCAUCCCCUUCCACGACGGGUACAGCUGCCUGCACACCCCCAGCCUCUUCACCGACGGGCGGAAGGACCAGUCGCCGCCGGCCGCCACGGCCCCCUACACCCUGUUCAUUGACAAGACGACGGGCAGUUUCCUCUGCACGGCCACGCUGGCCGAGGGCACCUGGCAAGACUUCCAGGCCAACGUGGAGCUGCGGCACCACCGAGGCGUCCCCCCCGCCAGCUCCGAGGAGCCGGAGGAGGAUGUGCGACAGGCCCGAGAGGAUGCCCGCUGCAUCUGGGACCGGGCGCUGCCGCUCUGGGAGCUGCUGGACGAGGAGGAGACCGGCAAGACCAAGGCCAUGUUUGGCAUCUCCCUGGUGACAGACGCCACCCUGAAACGCUUUGGGGUGCGUUAUUUGAGGACGGCCAAGUCCCUCGUCUUCCCCUGGUUCAGCCCCCGCGAUGCAAGCCUGAAGGGGCUGAAGCUGCUGAAGGUGGAGAAGAAGGAGAAUUCGAUAGUGUAUGUGGAAGAGACUUUACCCCGCUUUGAUUCCUAUCACAAUCUCUUUGGUCUGCCGCCGAUAAGCCGCCGUGAUACGGAGCUGGUCCUAACGGGGUGGGAGCUGGAUGCCCUGGCCCUGCAUCAAGCUACAGGGGUGGCCAGCGUAGCCCUGCCGCGGGGGGCCACCUGCCUGCCCCCUGCCCUCCUCCCCUACCUGGAGCAGUUCAAGCGCAUCACGCUGUGGCUGGGUGAGGACCUGCGCUCCUGGGAAGCCGCCAAGCUCUUCGCUCGCAAGCUGAGCCUCAAGCGCUGCUCCCUGGUGCGCCCCGGGAACCUGCAGCCCCGGCCCCUGGAUGCUCUGAACCAGGGCCUGAACCUCACCAAGAUCCUGCGGGCUGCCCUGCCUGCCAGCCACAAAUCCAUCGUCUCCUUCCGGCAGCUGCGCGAGGAGGUCUUUGGGGAGCUGGUCAACACUGAGCAGGUGGCUGGUGUUAAGUGGGCGCGCUUCCCCGAGCUCAACAAGCUCCUCAAAGGACACCGCAGAGGGGAGCUGACCGUCUUCACAGGCCCGACGGGCAGUGGGAAGACGACCUUUAUCAGCGAGUACGCCCUGGACCUGUGCAUGCAGGGGGUGUGCACGCUUUGGGGCAGCUUUGAGAUCAACAAUGUCCGCCUGGCCAAGAUCAUGCUGACACAGUUUGCCACCCAGCGCCUGGAGGACCAGCUGGAGCUGUAUGACGAGUGGGCUGACCGCUUCGAGGACCUCCCGCUCUACUUCAUGACCUUUCACGGCCAGCAGAACAUCAAGAUGGUGAUUGACACCAUGCAGCAUGCCGUCUACAUGUAUGACAUCACCCACGUGGUCGUUGACAACCUCCAGUUCAUGAUGGGACAUGACCACCUCUCUGGGGACAGGCUCGCUGCCCAGGACUACAUCAUUGGUGCCUUCCGCAAGUUUGCCACGGACAACACCUGCCACAUCACGCUGGUCAUCCAUCCUCGCAAGGAGGACGACGAGAAGGAGCUGCAGACAGCUUCCAUCUUUGGCUCUGCCAAGGCUAGCCAGGAGGCUGACAAUGUCCUCAUCCUGCAGGAUCGUAAGCUGGUGACGGGGCCAGGGAAGAGAUACCUGCAGGUGUCUAAGAACCGCUUUGAUGGGGAUGUGGGCAUCUUCCCCCUGGAGUUCAGCAAGGCCUCGCUGACCUUCUCAUCCUCCAGCAGAAACAAGGUCAAGGUGAAGAAAACGAAAGAGGAGAAGGCACCAUUAGCCAAGAAAGCUCCAGAGGGACGCUCAGGAGCCUCCAAGAAGCCAUGAGCCCGGCGGGUCUCUUCCUUUAUCCUUCAGGAGGAAUGGGGACUGGUGCUGGGAGCAUGAGGUUGGGAUAUACCAGCCCCCCUCCCCUGGGAACAGCGACCAUGUGCCACUGUGGCCCUUUCUCCUGCACAAACAAACCCCGUGGCUACCAGCACAGUGUCUCUUGAGAUAUGGGGCUAUUGUGAGAAGAGGAGUGGGCUCCUCUCACGGAAGAGUGGCCAAAGGAGUGUGCUGGACUCUCCAUACUGGUGCUGAGUUCUGGGAGCAGGGGGGAAAUGGAGUCAGCAUGAGCUGGGAGAUGGAGGCAGUGACCUGCACCCUGGGGCCUUCUCUGGGCCUAGGGCGGGUUAUGAAGUUGUGGCUAAAAUCCUGGACUGUCACUGAUGGGAGAGACUGUUGAUGGGGACUGUGGAGGAGGGACACAUGGUGGGUGAGGGUCUCUGGGGUGGACCCAGCAAGGGACAGGUGUGGAGGAAAGUGUGGGAGUUCGUGCAAGGCUCUUGCCUCAGAUCUGCGUGCUCUCUGUGGGACAUUGGGGGUGGGAGCUGGACCCCUAUGGCAGAAGCUGUCAGUUGAAGGCAGCGCUGGCCUCCUCAGGGCCGUCCCUGGCCUGUUUCUCUGGGGACAUCACCAGCAGCCUGGCCUUGCUCUGAUGGGCUGGGGAGUGGACAUCCCUCUGCCCUAUGGGCUGCAGGCAGCAAAUACUGUGACCUGGCCAGUCCUUGCCGUGGUGGGAUGUGUCCACGGCCAGGUCUUGGUCUGAUCCUUUUUUCCUUUUUCUUAGUUUUAUUAAAGCAUAAAGGUGAAUGCUG